GAAUGAUCGGACAUAUUGUUGCAGACGGCGGAUGCCUUAGCUAUCCUUUCAGGCCUUCUCCAUUACUUCGCUAUCUUCGGGACUCCCGGCCUAACCGCGAGACCAACCACUGCCAGUGCCUCUCUCACCGAGACUAUUGCAUCUCUUCCCGCUCCGUUCCAGCUUUGCUUCGAGAAGCCUUCUACCUUUCUCAAUCGAGAUCUAUCUCGGUUCACGGCAACCCCAAAGAAGUCGGACCCAGUCCAACCCACUUCCUGGUUUAGAAAAGACCGUGAGAGGGUAAACAAGUAAAACAAAAAGUUGGACCAAGUUCGAGUAAUGAUUCCACCUCACAGCUCGUGGCCAACUCACCAGUAAAACCAAUCUGUCUAGGGGUUAACAAUAUGCCCCAAGCGUGCCCCGUGCACAUUCGGCUAUUGCACAAUCAAGCCUGGAAAGGACAACUUUCAACUCCCUCGAUCGCACUUGUCCGGUGGUGCGGCCGUCAAUCGCGGCGUCGAAUCGAUCCUCUCGGCUCGCAGCACCGUUUCCUUUCGAUGGGAAUGGUAACAAUAAUAACGGUCCAUACCCACACACUCGGCCUUUGACGUUGGAGCAGCUUGCUGUGACAAGCUAGAGUCAAGGCCCGCCUGGAGCCACAGCAUGCUUAUUACGCUCCCCCAAAAUUAGGAUUAGGAGGACUUGUGUUAGGCCGCUCGUCUCGGAAUCAUCGUUCUCGCCCAUCGCACCCCUCUGAGGGAUGAGCUGGCCGAUCACUCUGCCUAUGACGACCUCCAAGCGUGGUGCGCCAUCGACCAUGGUGCCUAUCUUCUCUCCUUUAGGCGAGCCCACACCAGCCGCCGGGCAGACAUCCCUGCCUAAAAGCACGUUGUCCACGCCCCUCCCACCGGCGUGCGUCCACAUUUUGCCCUCAAGGCAUGGCAAACUCAUGGCACCCCUGGCGCCAUGAGCGUGCCAGUCUCAGGCUGUCGAUCAAUUCUGUUUACAAUCAGAAUGCCCCAAGUUAGGGUGUCCUGCUGUCAGCUGGCGGUGCACAAACAUGUCGCCCAAAAUGCCUGGACGGCUUCAUUCCAACCUCAUGAAGGUUAUUCCAUUGCUUACCCGUCCUUGGAGGUGUGCGUGCCCAACUCAGACCGUGUGCCCAGCUGCUGGGUGGUCAGUGUAGCUACAGUGAUCUGCCUCAUGGUUCCGUUCGAUAGGAACACAGCAUCCGACUUGAAUGGCCUGCUACCGUAUUCGACCUUGGCAGGAAACCUGCCCGGUGUACCAACAUCCCUUACAUCCAGCUGGCCCGUCCAGGGCUACGCUAUUGACACUGAUCGGCGUCUAUCACGCCCUUUCCAAGUUCAGCACCGGCAACCUGGUAAAAGUCCAAGCGACCAAGCACUACAUUCCAGCCACAUUUGCAGACUACAUUCAAAAGCAUACGACACUCCGAUGCAGCUACUUAGAACCGUUUAUUGGAGCUCCCCGCUGUCACCACUGCGAUGAUCAACGGGUGGGCUCGUCACUAUGUCGCUCAAACCUAGGUAUUAUUGUCGGCAAUAGCACUGCACCUGCAACAGGCUUCAGGAUGGCCACAGCGAGUCCGCCCUGUCCAACAUGAAAGCAUCCCUAGCAGCCAACUUUGAAGAAUGCAGUCCUCACGUGCCACAAUGCGAAACACCGGACGGGAGAGCUUUGGUCAACCAGAGGAUACGCUGUUCCUUUCUGGGAGUCUUAAAAUGUCCUUGCUCUGUUUAGAACUUGCCCUGUUCCACAACACCCUUCGAACAUGCAGUGAGCCCAGCGUCCAGACAACUGCGGCAACAUAGUUGACGGUAAAUCAUCACUGCAUCAAUAUGCGCCCUGUUGAGGGCCACAAUUUGAUCGGCAAGACCAACUCAUAUUGGAACAUGUCUUGACUUGACCGUUUCCACCAAUCCUCCGACAUUACGUGCCUGGACGGCGCCGGCGUACGUAAAUGCCAUCCGUCGCCCGGGAGGCACCUGAUAUCAGGCAUGUUUUGAAAUGACCGUUAUAAACACUCGGACAGGGAUUGGGGCAGGGCAUACAUACAGACACUCCCUUACCUUAGUACAAGGUAGGUAGGAAACCAGAGCAGCGUCCCCUAACUGGCAAGGUGGAAAUGCAGGAUGCAGCACUCUCUCGCGACAGUUUGCAGCGAGGAGUGUCAAGGGUUCACGUCGUCCACCCAGCUAACACCUUCCUAACUGGAAAUUCUCCGACCUUGAGACCAUGAGCGUGCGAAUGGAUCCUUGUCAAAUACGCCACAAAAAUCCAUGAUAUUUUGCCAAACAUUGUACGAGACGCCGUCAGCCGAGUUCACGCCAGUCGACACUCGAGAUUCUGAUGAUUUCGCAGCGAAAUCACUGUCUUACGGUAUUGCAGGAGUCCCUGAUGAGUGUCUCGCAUUCUCGGGUCAUUGAUGGAAAGCGGAGGACCGAAAGCGGAGGACCCUUGCCCAAAGGGGGUCGACCACAUACUCACUUUACCUUUUCAAGUACUCGGUGCACAGCGUUUCUAUAGGCCAAAUGACUGGACAACGUCAGAGUGCAUGUGCUGGCGCAGCCACUCCACGCAAUCUCAGGCCCUCCUGGCGGUUCCAAGAUUGCUGGUUCCCUGUUCCAAAGAUCGGUUCGGUAUACCUGCAGGUUAGGCCGACCUCCACACGACAGACUCGGAGGAACGGCGGCCGGUCGGUAGCGUGGCAUGCCUGGGGCUUGUUGUAAAUGGUCCGGCUUUGGGACCUCCCUCGCCUACGUUGCUCCACGCAUACGCCAGAUGUCCUGUUGAUUUGCGCAACAGCCUCUGCCGGUUACUUGGGGAUCGCCCCGUCAGGUCAAUCUCCUUUAAGCGAACAGGAUCAUGUCGACCCUCAUGGCCCGACUCAAUGGGAAAGUGCAUACCGAACAGCUGCAUUGACUAGAGGAGCUUUUCUGGAGCACAAGUUCACAACAUACAUACAGGCACACUUGGCUCAUUACCGCCAGCAGUGCCGUCGAAGUGAUACAGAGUUACGAAGCCACUUCUCUGCCAUGCUUUCUAAGGCUCUUGACAACUUACUGUUCUUGCUCUUCUGGUCGCUCGGCCGAGGAGCGAUUCGCCAGCUCUCUUAGGUGAGCUACAUACAGUAGCCCACAUGACAACAUUCGAAAAGCUACGGCAAGUCAAACCACAGGCAUGUCCCCUGUUUGCAAAGCUGUCAAAGCUAUUUAGUCCGCGUGCAAAUUGCCACGCCGUCAUGGAUUGGGCACGUUUUGAUGUAACGUGCCUAUCUCCAUUUCCGGGAAUCCAUGAUGUACUGACGUUCGCGUUGGCCUGUCGGGCAUUUUGCCCAGUGUCCUUUUGACGUAAAUGGCGCCGUUUGCGGAGCUCCGUGGACCUUCACAGUACCAAACAGGUCCUAUUGCGAUGCCUCCAUGUGUUGCACAGCAUACACGUGUUCUGGCGAAACAACUGGCCUAUCCUCGUCACCAUGUGCCGCUCGACAGUGAUCGUCGGCACGCGGCAUCCAGGAUGUCAGCAGGAGAUGACGGUCUUGCCUUCCGUGGCUUGGGAUAUUCUCGCCUUCGACCGUUAUAGCAAGUCGAUGCAGUCCGAAGUGUUACCUUGAUAAUCCGGGCCGCCUAUUCUGCAACUGGCGCCCUUCGAUUGGGUUGUGGCAUGCUUGUACACAGCUUGAUGCAGGGCCCUGCUAUGGCGAACUUUCGGAAAGAGUUGCGACCGACUGUUCUGGCACUUGGAAGCCCUCCUUGUCAACACUCGAGGCUGCUAAUCCUCCAGCCAUGGCCAGGGAUGAGGCGGAUUGAACCUGCCUUCUUGGACAGUCCCCUGUUGUGGAAACCUGCUGCCGACUUGCCUUCGACCAACUGGUAUGCAAAGAGCUCAAUAACAAUGAAGGCGCCCUUGUCUCCUUUUCGGACUGUCACUUACACCGCUGGAUCUGGUCCAUGAAGCCUUAUUCCCUGUUCUUUUUUUCGACUACCUUCUGUCAAACCUGCAGCCGCUGACUUCACCACCCUGGAAACCUUCGAGACCCUUAAAGCCUCAAGACCCCUUGGGAACGUCAGUCCUUCCUGGCCCUGAAUUGUUUGAUGGGGUUUAACUUGCCACCAUUUGGACCCUUCCUCCCGCAUACGGACAUCUGUUCCGACCGCGCCCGCAUUAUGCCUCGACGUGUGUUCUUCGAUGCUCUUCCUAGACUGUCUUAAUGUCACGAGAAAUACCAAUCAUGGGCCUAGAACGCUCUCAGAGCGCGAGAAACUUCGGCCUCGUGGUGAUGAGGCUUGGGUCGCGCCCGGUCCACGGAGACUAACAAACUUUUGAUGCUGUUGAACUAUGCCCAUACGAAUCACUCUGGUUUGCUGACUGUAGAAAGGUCCAGACAUCAAUAAGCACCCGGGGACUCGGACGUUGACCCAGGAAGAUCUGCAUUCUCGCGUGGCUCGUUCGCUUGUCACAGUGUUCGACGAUCAAUUGCACGUUUUCUACCAGGAUACAGAGACCUGAGUUCUUAGAGCCGCAGAUCUAUACUCGAUGCAAACACUGGGUGGUUAUUUAGAAACUCAGUGAUCCGGCGGCUGCCUACGCCCGGUAAGUUUUGUGUCAUUCUGAUUGCUCGUAUCCCACGUCUCGAGGCGAGGGAGCUCGCGAUCAUGAAGCUCUUUUCCCACGAGCUGUCGAGUUCCGGAGAUCGGAUUGUCCUGGCAGCUGCAUCUUUUGGGUGGCGUUUCUGUCCGCAAAAGACCUGACACCCCCUAUCAGCAAUUAGCCAUGGAAGUUCUAGCCCUGCCCCAAAAUUCACCACUACGGCUGCGGACGGAUGCUCAAGCUCGGCCUCUUGCGUUUUGUCCAACCAGGCUUUGUCGAAGAAAAGUGAAAAAUCUGGCGAGACUACUGCAGUGGUUCGCCCGCAGUCAUGGAAAGUUGCCAGAGAUGGAACAUGCAUGCCGGGUCCAUGAGAUUCGAGAAUCAGUUUUUCCGUCGGGGUUUCGGUCUUCUUUUCCACUCGAGAGCAAUCCAUCCUCGUUCUGGCCCACAGCAUGCGCAUGUACACUUGUAUGAACGGAGGCGUGGGUGAUGUCGGUACAGGAUGGCAUUCAGCGAGUUCAUCUGGCCCCUUCGGUCCCCUGCUUGCCGAAGUAAAGCAGUCAGAACGUUAUGUUGCUUCUCCUGCCCCCUUUGUUGCUCCCUCCCUGCCUCCGGCCCUGCUGAGGUUCUAGCUUUCUUUUCACACCCUUCCUCCUAGUAUCACUUCCCAUUGAACUGCUGAACUGCUUCAGCUCUUCAUCGGUUGGGUUGACUGUGGGGCUGUGUUUCUGGGGCGGCACGCAGUGGUUCGGCUGGGCUGUUAAGGCUGUACUAUCACAGAGGGAGGCAUUUACUUCAUACGGAGACCAGCCAUCAAGAGAAUGGGUGGAAAGGUUCAAGUUAGAGAAGGUCCGGCAGCAGUCCAGUAGUCAAGGGACUAUGUAGCGCGGAGUAGAAUCGAAAAAGCUGAGCGACCCCAUGUCGCGACUCAGCGUUGUUAGGACAGUGGUAUAUUAUAUAGCUGAUCACGGUGCUUAUUAGAGUGUAAAUAGGUUGAUUUGUUUUUGCAAUGAUAUUUCAAGUAUGAA